AUGCAUCUACUGAUUCUCGCGUUAUUCGGUGUGCUCAGGCUACCGACAGCCACUGCCUACAUAGGAAACACCAGCACCACAAAAGACUCCUUCGUUAACUGGCGUACAUUCACCGGCCACGGCGUAAACCUCGGUGGCUGGCUCGAGCAAGAGUCAACCAUCUCCCGGCAAUGGUGGACAACAACCUUCCAAAACGCAACAGAUGAAUGGAGCCUCUGCUCCCAAAUCGGGAGUGCUCAAUGCGGCGCCAUCCUCGAACCUCGGUUCAAAACAUACAUCAAAACCGACACUAUCGAUCUCCUCGCCUCUCACAAUGUCUCCAUCCUGCGUAUCCCGACCUCCUACGCAAUGUGGAUUUCCCUCCCGGGCUCGAAACUGUACUCCGGCAACCAGAAGACGUACCUCAGACACAUUGCUGAGUAUGCAACCACCACGCACGGGAUGCAUGUUAUUCUGGACCUGCACUCACUACCCGGCGGCACGAAUGGACUCGAUAUCGGGGAGGCGGUUGGUCAUUGGGGUUGGUGGCAUAAUUCCACGGCGAUGGAGUGGAGUUUGCGAGCUGUAGAUGCAGUCUUGGAAUUUAUUGACCAGGCCAGUUUGCCUGGCAGCUAUACUCUAUCACCAAUCAACGAGCCGGUGGAUAAUCGUGAUUUCUCGACCUUCGGAUCGCCCGCUGCACUUUCUGAGGCUGGCGCCAGGUGGCUUGUGAAGUAUAUCAAAGCUGUCCUGCGACGCGUGCAGGGUGUUGAUGGCCGGAUUCCGGUCAUGUUUCAAGGCAGCUUUAAGGAGCCGGAGUACUGGACGAAGUUUUUUACGGGUGAUGAAAAUAUAGUGCUGGAUUUGCAUCAUUAUUAUUAUCCGCUGGCCAAUGCGACGGCGGCGAAUUUGCCACGAUUUAUUUGCGAGGAUGCGAAGAGCAGUGCUGGCGAUGGGACGUUUCCGACUUUUGUCGGGGAGUGGUCGAUUGAGGCUGGGGGUGCGAAUGAAUUGGCGCUGAGAGGACGGAAUUUGAGGGCAGGCAUUGCGGCUUUUGGACGAUUUACGAGGGGGAGUUCGUUUUGGAAUGUUAAGUUUCAGAGUGAGGAGGUGACUCCAGGGGAGGGUGUUAAGGAGGAUUAUUGGUCUUAUGAGGAGUUUAUUAGGCAGGGACUGCUUGAGGGGGAGAUCAGGGAUUACCGUUCCCUAAUCUAG